GCUAAGGCAAGUCCAGCCCACAAGCCUUCCAAGCAACACAAGUCCACAAGCUGCAAGGAGAGCUACAGCCACCUUACGCAGCUGAAGUGUUCUGUUCUUCAAGCUGACAGACUGGAGGCUAAGUAACAUGAUAAGCAGAUUUUUCACUUGUGAGCUGGCUUUAUUGCAUUUCUGCCUUUCUUCUGGCUUCUAUCAACCAGAGACGUUGCCUGAUAUUGGAGAUGCAGAGUUCAUUGAGGAAUGUGUGAGAACGCACAACAGAUUCCGGUCUGGAGUGAGCCCCCCAGCCAGCAACAUGUUGUACAUGAGUUGGGAUCCAGACUUGGCAAAGACUGCAAGAGGUUGGGCAAAGAGAUGCGAGUUUAAACAUAACAUAUACCUCCAAGAGCCGGGGCAGGCUCACCCCAGAUUUACUCCUGUUGGAGAAAAUCUCUGGACUGGCUCACUUUCAAUUUUUUCAGUGCAAGGAGCCAUCACCUCUUGGUACAAAGAGGUCAGAGACUACACAUACACCAGCAAUAGCUGUAGCAGAGUAUGUGGCCAUUACACACAGGUCGUUUGGGCUCAAAGCUACAAGGUUGGCUGUGCUGUCCACUUCUGUCCCACAGUGUCAUACUUCUCAGGAACCAACGCAGCACACUUCGUCUGCAACUAUGGGCCAGCUGGGAACUACAGACGGCACCCAUACGAGACAGGAGCAGCAUGCAGCAAAUGCAACGGCGAGCAGUGCGCUGACAAUCUGUGUCGAAACACUGAGCGUGACAAAGUCAUUAGUGAUUCCAGGUGGCACCCAGCUUGGGACAGACCUGCCUGCGAUGAGUACUGCAUCUCUGUGGUUGUUUUAAGGCUGUUACUUCUUAUUCUGAGUAUUGUAGCCACUUGGAUCCUACCCAAAUACUGGUCCAUAGCACCUGCCACCAAGUAACUCAUAGAAGGCUGUGGCAGCACUGAGGUUGAUUCGUCCUUUCCCUGUGCUUAAGCUACUGGCAGAGCUGAGAUGGAUGGAGAUGUUGUUUGCAUCCACAAAUCAUUCUAAAUAUAGAAAUACCAUCCCCAUUUCAUGGAGGAGCUGGCAGAGCUGAUAAGGAGCCUUCUCAUUGUUCAGAAUCAGUAGCUGGUUUUAAAUUACCUGCUUACUUUUCCAAAGUGGAGCACUGUGGCAGAGAUGGGUGUGCCAUGGAACAGCUUGCCACACUUCCCAGGGAGGGAGUGGGGUGUCUGCAGCCCAGCAGAGCAGACUCCUCUAUGCCUAUUGUGCUCUCUCUACUCCUCCAGCGAGACGCAGCAGCAUGGUUUUGGGUAGCCUGGAGAGAUUUUCUUUUAUCAUUUAUAGCUUUUUUUUACCUCAUAAUUUUUGGGUACAGGUGAGUUCCAGCAUGUGAAUCCCACAGCAGGCAGUGCGUUUCCCUGUAUCGCAGUGCACAGGGACCACUGGCAUUUCUCUUUGCUUAGAAUCUGUUUUCAAACACACAUCAUCUCUGCCAAGACACAGAGCUUCACCCGUGUUUAAAUGUGACUCUGCACCACCUUAAACUCCUUUUUUUUUUUCUUUUUCUGAGCAUGAGGUUUUUUAUUUCUGCUUCAAACAAUAAACCACUAUUUCCUGCCUCUCAUGCACGGUGAUCAUGUAUCUGCAACCUGAUCUGAAGGUCCACUGGUGCACAAACCCAGAACAAAUACAUUCAGUUCCAGCCUGCACAAUGCCAAGAAACACGAUGCUGGGAAACACAGAGCAGUGCUCUAAAAAUUGUGUUGUGCCCAAAGUUGCGCUCUGGGCUCAGUGGCUGCCAAGCUCCAGUCUCCAUGAGGCUGUGCUCAGAGCAGGCAGGGUUCAGCCAGGCCCCUUCGAUAUAUCACACCACUCUGCUGGGUGCUUCUAUGCAGGAAUCCAGGGAGUCCCCCAGCUGCUUCCCAUCUGUGGUGCUGUCUUUGCUCACUUCUGUCAGUGUUGCUGCACAGGUCCUGCUCUGAUGCCACUCCUGGAGUCAGUCUCACCUGGAAUUACUGCAACUGCAACCCAGAGUUUCUGACAUUAUUCUUCCAUGCAGUUAGCUGCUAGUACUUGAAUCAUCUCAGCAUCACAGCAUGUCCUCAAUAAAUCAUUUUCCAAAAUGUAAAUGUGGUCAGGGACAGAAUUCCUAAUUCUCUUCCUUGUCCUUCACUUAUAUUUACAAUUUGUUUGUGCCAGAGCCUCUUUUCUGCCAUCCAGUGACCCCAACAUCACAGCACCUGUUCUGGCCAAAAUAGAAAGAGACAAUUUUGUUAAAAAAUAAAUAAAUAAAUAAAAAAUCCUCACUACAGAUUCCACGGGUCUACCUGUUGAAAAGGGCAGCCACUUUCAUUCCCACUUACCUUUUGGCCACACUUUUUUGAGCACCACUCAAGCCUCACACUUUCUGUACUGCAAAAUCCCAUCUGGAAAUCCCAAGGACGAUAACCAGCACAUGUUGGCAGCAGGACGUACUCUGCAGUGUCCUUUUGCAGAGAAGGGCUGUUAUGCCAGCAUCUGCCCCAUGUGCAGAAAGGUCCUACUGAUGGAAGAAGAAAUGGAGGAAAGGAAAGUGCAUACAACGCUGUGUCCAGGGAGCAAAAUGAGCUCAGCAGGAAUGCUCCCCUGCUAAGUUUAAUCUAUACUUGGUUUCCAGGAGAGUAAACUGAACCAACACAGAGCCCUUAAAGUUCAGAACAUUCACAGUGCUGCCACUGAACCACAUACCUUAGCAGCUUGAAGGGAAUUCCAUAGAGAAAGCUUCAUUUAAAAAAAAAAACAACUGUAAAUCACUGGGGCUCAUGGGGAAAAAAAACAACCAACCCACAACAAAUUCUACAGCAUGGUAACGUUCAAACAAAAGAUCCAGAAAAUCAAGGAGUCCAAGAAAAACAACUGCAUCUCAUUUUUUAAGGACACCCAAAAUCCAGACAUUUAACUCCUGAUGAUUAAACCCCCUCAAGUUGUUCACAUUCUUUUUAUGGCAUCCAUCUGCGACUUCCACAUGAUCAGUGCAAAAUACGGAUAUAGAAACAGCCAUUGAGUACUUUGCUAGUCUCUAAACUCUAAAAUCAGUUUAAGGAGAUAAUUUGCAAAAGUUCAAGCUAGUUCUGAAAUUACCAAAACAACUACUUUGCCCUUCUAAACUUAUUUUUCUGUUGUUUUUUUUUUUUAAGACACAUCAGAAUAGGUGUCAAAAGCACUGUAGUGGGCCCAGUGCAGGUGGUUACCACUAAAAAGCCGAUUCUAAGCACACAAAUCCUUGGUUUGCCUUGGUUUACAUGAAUGAAGGGCCUUUCUAGAUUUUCCUGUUUAACUAAAUAGAAGUCUAACCAACAAUCCCUGAAACUCAGCAGCCGUAACAACCAAAAAAGGUUAAACAUGAGAACAUGGGAUCACAUGAGAACCAUGGCAAUGCCUCUGGAGGUAGCCCAGGCCAAUAUGUCUGACCCACCUGAUGCUGAGCUCAAGUCUUCCCUUUACACCAUCAACAGCUACAUAUCAGAUAACAUGUCUAAGAGCUUAUCAUAGGGCUGGUAUCCUAAACAUAUCAGCCUACUACAGCUUCUGAGAUGGGUGUGUAAUUUUCUUAUUUUCUCAGUGAAGCAUCUGUUGAGCAGUACUUUCUUACAUGAUUUUACAAGUACUUAAAAUGACAUUUAUGGAUGAUAGAGUAUUGAGUUUUCUCUUCCAGAACUAAGUUGCAAGAAAAGGUCAGGCAACGGAAAGGGGUACCAAUAUUGCCCCCCACGCUAAAGGGCAAGAAUCCUAGAUCAUUUUCUCCGUGCACACACACAGACUGACUCUUUAACAUACAUUCUAAAUUCUUAUUUAGACAUGUAACAAAGAAAACAGCUGUGUUUUCACUGACCAGUCUCAAAUAAAAGGCCACUAACCAGAGCAAAGUGAGCUGCAGUGUUCUAGCAUAAUCAUCUUUACCACAUGUGCAAGGGAUCAGAAUUCCAAAGUCUGGCAAAGCAC